AUGGAUCGCCCGGCGCCAAAGUCGCUCUUCACGCGUAAGCGCGACCUGCUGUACCUCUCCUUCUUCGCCAUCCAUAUUCCGAUAGUCUUCUGCGUUGACGUACUUCCCGUCUACCCGGAAUCGAUGAGGCCUGAGCCGCUACUGGCCCUGCGCCAGUGGUACAUUGAAACCUACCAGGACCGCUUCUUCAGCGCUCCACCGCCGUGGUUCUCCAUGUAUAUAUGGAUGGAGCUUCUGUACCACGCCCCACUCUCUGCCUGGGCGGUCGGGGCCCUGAUGCGCGGUAAACAUUCUUCUCUAAGCCAGACUGCCCCAGCUCACCCUACGUCAGAUGACCCCAAGGUCCCCAUCCACCUGCUCAUCUACGCUUGCCAGACGGGCAUCACCACCAUGACCUGCAUCGCCGAAUACCUCAGCUGGGACUCGUUCACCAACGAGCAAAAGCUCAGUUUGAGCGGCCUCUACGUGCCCUAUCUUGCACUUUCUGUGUUCAUGGGUGUCGACAUGUUCCGACGGCUCGAAAAGCGAUUGGCUCCGGGUGCCGCCACAGCCUCCGCAAAGAAGGCGCUGUAG